CUCACUUGCCAAAAUGUUGAGCUGCGAAGACACGGGAGCAAGCAAGAACGCUUGCUUUGCUCUCAGUUGCCUAGCAACAAACCUGGAAGGCCAUAGCCGUCUCCUUGGUAACGCCCAUUCGGAUGAUGUGCUUAAAACGCUUUCUAUUUUGCUCAGCGCAGAAGACUCCGAGACAGGAUGGUUUGCCGCCAUGACGUUGAGAACUUUAGCUAGUCAGCCCAAAGGUUGCCUUCGACUUCGUGAAUUCCCACAAGUCCAUACAGCUUUGAAGAAAAUUGAGCAGCUUUCUGAUGUAAACCCAGAUCUGAAAGAAGAAGUGAUCAUCACACUAGAAAUCCUCAAGCGCCUGGAGCCUCCUGACCCCCCUACCAUUACAGUUCUGGGUUCAGAUCUCUGUCACGCUGAAUGGAACCAGGUCACGACUAAGAGUGGCUUUGAUGUUCGGUACCAGCUAUUUGAAGGCAGCAAAUGUUUCUACAAUGGUCCCAAGUGCCAGUGUGAGCUGGAAAACCUGACCCCCUACACCAGCUACUGCUUCAAGGUCCGUGCGGUCACAGAUGGGGAGGAAAGUCCUUUCAGUGAAGCUACCACUGUCACCACAGAGGAAGAUUUACCAGAAAGCCCUGUGAAUGUCCGUGUGAUUGGAGUGACCAUAUCCCAGCUCAAACUAGGCUGGGACCCUCCUGAAAACUUCAAUGGUGUUUCUAAGGGCUACUACGUAUACCAGGGAAAGACUAUGGUAGAACAUACUAGUGAGCUGUCAGCCAUUCUGUCUGGACUUUCGGCUAACACGACGUAUGACCUUCAG